AUGGCUGGCGGCGCCGUAGCGACUACCGGCAGCGACGCACACUAUGCGCACCUUGUCGAUCCUAACAGGAAGUGGUACAACAACAAGCGCCUCAUUUACCUCCACUUCUGGAUCCUCCUCCUUAUUAUCACGUCCUCCACGAAUGGUUUCGACAAUAGUCUCAUGAAUAGUUUCCAAUCGCUCGACCAGUGGGAAACAUACUUUGGUCAUCCGGCGGGAGGAAAGUUAGGUCUGCUUAACGCGAUCCAAAACAUUGGUUCCCUCGCGGGAUAUCCGUUCGCACCCUAUGUUUCUGACGGCAUUGGCCGUCGGAGGGCUAUCUGGGUUGGCGCGACGAUCAUGUUGGUUGGGGUCGCUGUUCAGACAGCGUCAUACAAUCUGAGCAUGUUCAUUGGGGCAAGGUUCUGCAUCGGCUUCGGUCUGACCUUCGCCGCUAAUGCGGCACCAAUGUUGGUCACGGAGGUGGCUUAUCCAUCCUACCGUGCCCAGCUGACUUCUCUAUACAAUUCAUUGUGGUAUUCGGGUAACAUCAUUGCUUCCUGGACUACCUUCGGAACGUCAAAUAUUGCCAGCACGUGGUCUUGGCGGAUACCUUCUCUUCUGCAAGGGCUCCCGUCCGCCUUUCAGUUCUGCCUGGUUCUCUUUGCCCCCGAAAGCCCCCGUUGGCUCAUCUCGAAGGGCAAGGAUGCAGAGGCUCUGAAGACCCUUGCCUACUACCAUGCAGAUGGCGACGAUCAAGACCCACUCGUACAAUACGAGUUCGAGGAGAUCAAGGCAGCGAUCGACUCCGAUCGUCAGCAUUCCAACAACGUUGGCUGGAAAUCUUUGGUAUCAACACCGGGCAACAGGAAACGUAUCGUUAUCAUUGUCGCCAUCGCGUGGUUCUCACAAUGGUCGGGCAAUGGACUGGUCUCGUUCUACCUGAACAAGGUGUUCGAUACCAUCGGCAUUACCAGCCCAACCGUGCAGCUGCUCAUUACUGGUAUUCUCGCCAUCUGGAACCUGUUUUGGGCUGUAUUUGCCUCCUUCCUCGUGGACCGUGCCGGCCGCCGCGCUCUAUUCCUGACUUCGGCAGGCGGUAUGGUGAUCUUCUUCAGCUUGCAAACCGUUUGUUCUGCGGAGUUUGCGCUGAAGGGGAACCCGGCCGCCGCGCAUGCUGUUAUUGCAUUUAUUUUCCUAUUUUAUGCCGUCUAUGACCUUGCAUUCACGCCACUAAUCGUCUCUUACACUGUCGAAAUCUUGCCCUUCGCUAUCCGUGCGAAAGGCUUUAAUGUGUUUAACUUCGUAGUGUCACUAGCACUCAUCUUCAAUCAGUACGUGAACCCAAUCGCACUGCAGAACAUUGCGUGGAAGUACUAUAUCUUCUACUGCUGCUGGCUCGCCUUCCAAUUCGUCUUCCUCUACUUCAUGAUUGUCGAGACGAAGAACUUGACUUUGGAAGAAACAGCAGCACUCUUCGAUGGCGAAGACCUCAGCCAGCGUGCCAUGGCCGCCGUCGCCGGUGUUGCCGACGAAGUGCGCAGCGACCAUCGGGACUACGAUACCAAGCUCUCAGAGUCGUCAGAUUCUGCCCGCCAAGAGAAGCUGGCGAGCGCUUGAUCACGUUUAGCCUCCUGAGACCUGCGCUGUGGAGAUCGUACGCUUUGUACCUGUAUUAUGUUGGACGGACGGUUCUCUGGAUAUAUUGUCACUUGACACCUUAACCCAUAAAUUGGCACGUCGCAUCGAUAUCGCAUCCCUCUGCAUCCUUCUGCAUCCUGUACUGUUAUACGCUAAAUAUCCCUCUAACCACUAUGAUGUCUUAUGUACGAGCUAAUAGAGUCUGUCUCCUGGCCUAUCAAUC